CAUUUUUGCUAGCGGCAGGUGCAGGUGUAAGCAUGAGUAAUGAAUCAGGAGAAUCCUCCUCUCUUGAGACAUUUUUCAAGCUCUCCGAAACCAUCAUUGUACACAGCCGAAGCCACCGCUUUGGUCGCAACGUUACUCCGGAGUCCAUGUGGCAAUAUACCGAGAGGCUUGCAGAAGAAGCUGAAGAGUUCCAAGUGUUUGGUGACAUUUGCGACGAGUUUCUAAAUGCAGGGGCCCAUCUUCUCGAUCUCCAAGCAAUGCCACUGGAGACUGGAUAUUUGAGGCUGAUAAGACUCCUUAGAAAAUGGCAACACUCUUAGCUGUUUAUCAGAUUCUAUGGUGAGGAUCAGAGGUUUGGGAUUAGACAUGAAAAAUAAAUGAGAGACGGAAACCUCCACGAAGUUGUUCAAGAUCGCGGCAAAGAAAAUCAUGAGAAAGCGGACAGAAUUCAGCGGCACGCUAGAAGAUCAGGAAUCUUUAAAAUCGUGCAAAACCUAGUUAUAAGUCUCUAGAUUGAUACUCUGUAGUCUUUGAACCUCUUCCACAUAAUACUAGGUUUAUGUUCUAGCCGCGCAAAUUUUUCUGUCAUUGGAACAAUUAUUUGCUACUAUAUGAAUGAGUUUAGCUUUCUGGCCUUCAAAUCACGCAAAGUACCAUUGCGAUGCUCUGUGCCAGACGUGGACAGGCCCAGUCAUUAUUCGGUUCACGACGACCUUGGAU